AUGGCCAACCCCAAAAGCCUCACAUCCAUUUUCACCUCCGUCGUUCUCACCCUCCUCUUCUCAUUCGCCACCGCAAAAUCCCCUCCUUUCCACCGGAGCGUGUCUGCAACGUCUUUGGGCCUCAAGAAGGAGAAGCUCAGCCACCUUCACUUCUUCUUCCACGACAUUGUAAGCGGCCCGAAGCCCACCGCUGUUAAAGUGGCCGAGGCCCACUCCACCAACACUUCCUCCACGCUUUUCGGAAGCAUAGCGAUGGUCGACGACCCAUUGACCGUUGGCCCCGAACCCGGAUCCAAACUCGUCGGCAAGGCCCAAGGAAUAUACGGAUCUGCGGCCCAAUACGAAACGGGCCUGUUGAUGGUAAUGAACUUUGUGUUCACGGAAGGGAAAUUCAAUGGCAGCACGCUGAGCAUGCUGGGGCGGAAUGCGGUGUUCUCCGCCGUGAGGGAAAUGCCAAUAGUUGGAGGAAGCGGGGCUUUCCGGUUCGCACGUGGGUAUGCUCAGGCCAAGACUCACACGUUUGAUCUAAAUAGUGGGGAUGCUGUUGUGGAGUACAAUGUCUACGUGUUCCAUUAUUAA